AUGAUGAUGAAAGGGCUAGAGGUUGAGCUAGUGAGGAUCUUGACCUUCCUCACAAUUAUUGACUUGUCGUGCAACUCUUUCCAAGGGAAUAUCCCCGAAGUUAUUGGACAUCUUCACUCUCUUGUAGGGCUCAACCUUUCUCAUAACCAUCUUACAGGUUCCAUCCCACCGACUCUAGGGAACUUGACUAAUCUUGAAUGGCUUGAUCUUUCUUCGAACAAACUAAGUUGGGUAAUUCCUAGAAAAUUGGGAGAUUUGGCUUCCCUUGGGUACUUAAACCUCUCGAAGAACCAACUCAUCGGUCGAAUUCCACAAGACAAGCAAUUGAGCACAUUUUCAAUGGACUCGUUUAGCGGGAAUCCAGGCUUAUGUGGAACUCCAUUGCCAAAAGCAUGCCCUGGCAAUGCACAACCUCCUUCACCAUCGUCCUUAUUAACUUUCGACUACGAAGGGCAUGAGAGUUGGUUCAACCAGAAAAUAGUGUGGAUGGGCUAUGCAUCGGGAAUCGUAAUUGGGAUUUCGAUUGCAUACAUAGCAUUUGAAAUGGGAAGACCCAAAUGGCUUAUGCAAGGUGUGAGGAUGCUGGAGAGUAGAGCAGCCGAAUGGAUAGAGAAGUCAAAGCGAAAGGCCAUCAAAUUUCAUGGACAAUGA